AUGUGUCACUUAUAUAUAAGUGUGUUCCAAGAGUUACCAGAUCCAAGAAUGAAAUCCUAUUUCCUGGCAGCGAAGCCGUACCAAGGGUUGACACUGCUUACUAUUUAUCUAAUGUUUGUAUUUAAAUGGGGACCGAAAUGGAUGAAGAACAAGCCCCCUUACGAAUUACGAAAAACCCUCAUGAUUUACAAUAUAAUACAAGUGAUAGCUUGUGCGGCUGUUUUUAUAACUGGAAUUAAAAUAGCAUGGGGGUGGAAGUACAGAUGGAUCUGCGAGCCAGUCGACUUCUCCAACAACGACGAUGCGAUCCAGAUAGCUCGUCUUGUUUACUCUUAUUUUUUACUGAAGAUCCUUGACCUCGCUGACACAAUAUUUUUUGUGUUAAGAAAAAAAACCAACCAAAUCACAUUUCUCCACGUCUACCACCACACCGGAAUGGUUGCUUUGAUUUGGGGCGCAGUUACAUAUUUUCCUGGGGGACACGGUACUUUUAUUGGCUUAGUUAACUGUUUCGUUCAUGUUGUCAUGUACAUGUAUUACUUUUUGACUGUGGCCGUCCCCAGCGUGAAGCAAUCUUCCGGAUGGAAAAAGUAUAUAACGCAAUUGCAAAUUCUGCAGUUCUUGAUGACAAUCAUCCACAUGAGCACUAUCGUCUUCAAGCCGGACUGCGGGUAUCCGAGAUGGUCGGCCGCGUUGUUUCUACCACAGAAUAUCUUCAUGUUAAUACUCUUCGUAGACUUUUACAUUAAAACUUACUUAAAAAAACAAACAGCUGUUAUAAAACCGCGUGUUUUAGACGAAAGACGUAAAGUAAGAGGAACUGUAGAAAAUGUACCUAAGGUGAAUAAUGAUGUAUUCGAAAUGUCUAUAAGAAAUCGCAAGGAAGCUUGGCACUCCAAAGAUAAUGCGAGAUCAUGAA